AUGAGAACACAAUCAAAAUGGGCAAAAGUACUAGAGCUGUCAUUGGGCUCGAUUUUGGAACAACUUUCAGCGGGCACCACAUUGAAAGUUCCUUCUGCUAUCUCGUAUGAGAAAAAUAAAUCAAAAUGGGGCUAUCAAGUCGGUCCUUUGUGCGAGGUCAUUCGUGGUUACAAGCUUUUGCUUGACGAAAGCCAGGACCAGGAGUAUGCACCAUCGCUGGCCUCGAAGUCUCUACUGGCAGAACACAGUAAAAAUGCUGUUCAGGUCUCGGGUGAGUAUCUGGGACAUCUUGUUUUACAUGUGAGAGAUACGUUGCAACGACGCUUUGGAGACGCUGCUAAGUCAAUGGACCUCAAAUUUGUGCUUACUGUCCCGGCGGUGUGGUCCGAUAAAGCAAAAGAUGCAACGCUUCGAGCCGCCAUAUUGGCUGGUAUCAACUCCCAGCAGAUAUCCCUUGUGUCGGAGCCGGAAGCUGCCGCUCUGCAUUCGCUACGGACAAUCCAGCCAAAUUCAAUCACGAAAGACGAUGUUCUAGUGGUUUGCGACGCAGGUGGUGGGACUGUGGACUUAAUCUCUUAUAAAGUACAAGAUCUCGAUCCACUGAGCCUGGAAGAAGCGACAGAAGGCACAGGGGCUGUCUGCGGAUCACUUCUACUUGAUGAGAGAUUCGAACGUCUCCUCAUGAAGAGAGUAGGCCUGGAGAAUUAUCAAUCUCUUCCAAUGAAGGCCAAAGAAGCUGCUCUCUCCUUUUGGAGGGACAUGGUCAAGCCUACCUUUGGUGAAGAAUCUGACUGCGAUUUUCUAGACGUGGAUCAUUUCAUUCCGCUUCCAGGAGCAGCAGAUCAAUCUGACAAGAAUAUUGAUGGUGGAUUUGUCCAAUUUGAAGGCGUUGAGAUUGAAGAGAUAUUUGAGCCAAUAGUGUCAAGAGUCGAAGAAUUGGUUCGGGGCCAGCUUGAGAAGGUUGCCUGUGCCCGACUCAAUGCGAAGGCUAUCGUCCUUGUGGGUGGGUUUGGCUCCUCAAGAUAUCUCUUCCAGCGUUUGAAAGGCAGUAAUCCUUCUAUCAUAGUACUGCAACCCCCAAAUGCUUGGGCGGCCGUUGUCAGCGGAGCGGUUCUCCGUGGAUUAGAAGGAAACCGCGUGGAGACGCGAGUCUCCCGACGUUGGUAUGGUGUUUCAGCCGACACACCGUUUGAUAAAAGCCGUCAUGCAAAACGUGACAAACAUUGGUCGGAUAUUGAAGAACGCUGGUUCGCUCAAGAUAACAUGACUUGGUAUAUUCAUAAGGUUGGUCAGCUUGAAUUGGUUCUCGUUGAAGAAAGACUGAGAUGUGAAAGUCCGCCAAAAUAUCAGAACGUCAGCCCAUCAAAUUCAACUUUUAUCGCGCGGUGA